AUGUCAAUAAUUCCAAAAUCUUGGUAUUGGAAACAAUUAAAAUUGGCAUUGACAUGCUUCUUAUGCGCUUUGCCGAUUGUUCUUUUCUUUUUAAUCAAUUUUUAUCUUGCAUUAAUCAUUUUUAUUUCAUGGACAACAAUAAUUAUCAAAAAUGCUUAUUUUAAUCCAUUUAGUCUUACGAUACUCUACACCAGCCCUGAUCUUUUAUCUCAACUUCGACCACUUGGUUUGGAUUUGUUUAAUACUCAAUUACAUGAUUAUUCAAUAUCAUUUCAUGAACAUGAAAAAAAGAAACUUAAAAAAGAAUUAACUUAUCUUGAAUCAUUUAAAAAUACAAAAAUAUCAUCUGAUCAAAGACAAUCAUAUGAUGUUAUGGAAUAUUUUUUGAAUAUGAAUUUGAAAAGAGACCUUAGCGAUGAAUUUGAUUAUCAUAGUUAUUUAAUAAACCAAAUGUUAGGUCCUCAGUUUGAUAUAAUAUCAUUUAUAACCAAAUAUCAUCGAAUAUUGAAACUAAGUGAUGCUGAAGCUUAUCUUAUUCGAGUACAAAGAAUAUCAAAGGCAUUUGAUCAACUUAUUGAUCAACAAAUAGAAAGACGUCAUAGAAAUAUUGAAACACCUCGAUUUGUUCUUCAAAGAGUUAUUGAUGGUCUUGAAGCAUUUCAAAAACAAUUACGAGAUGAACCAAAUAGAAGUCCUUUGGUAAUUGCUUUUCUUGAUAAACUCAAUGACACAAUUUGUUCACAAGAAAAACAAAAUGAAUUGAUUAGUCGCUUAUUGGAAAUUCUUAAAAUCUAUAUAGUUCCAGCAUAUGAUCGUUUAUUAAAUAUUCUUUAUGAAGAUUUAUCAAAUGCUACAACAGAUCAUGGUGUUUGGAAAUUACCAAAUGGUGAUAAAUACUAUAAAUUAUGUUUAGAAUAUCAUACAACAACAAAUAUGAAUCCAGAUGAAAUUCAUGAACUUGGAAAAAAACAUGUCGAAAGAAUUCAAAAUGAGAUGAGAAAUAUUUUAAAAGAAAAACAAAUUGAAAGUUGGCAUGAUUUUCGAACAACCAUCACUAAUUUUGAACAUGAUAUUGAACAAAAAUAUGAAAAUGUUGAAGAAAGUCGAACGAAAGUUCUCAAUGAUUAUCAAAAAAUGAUUGAAGAUAUUGAUAAUGAAAUGGAUAAAUAUUUUUCAUCUGCUUGUCGACCAGCAACAAAAUGUGUUGUUGAACGCAUACCUCAAUUUAAAGAAGCAACAGCAGUAGCCGCUCAUUAUUUUCCAGCAGCACUUGAUGGUAAAACACCAGGAACAUUCUUUGUCAAUCUUCGUGAUAUAAAUGAAGUAGUCAAAUUUAAAAUGAACACAUUAGCUUAUCAUGAAGCUGUUCCAGGUCAUCAUUUUCAACGUAGUGUAGCACAAUCACUUAAACAUUUGCCAUUUUUUCGUCGUAUUAUUUCUUUUACUGCUUAUGUCGAAGGAUGGGCUUUAUAUACAGAACAAUUAGCAGCAGAAAAAGGUUUUCAUAAAUCAUGGUAUAGUUAUCUUGGAUAUCUUGAUGCUCAACUUUUUCGUUCAUGCCGACUUGUUGUUGAUACUGGCAUUCAUUGGAAACGAUGGUCACGUGAACAAGCCAUUAAUUAUCUGAUCGAAAAUACAUGCUUGAAAAAGCAAAAAAUUAUUACGGAGGUUGAGCGAUAUUUUGUAUAUCCUGGACAAGCAUGUUCUUAUAUGAUUGGUUGUCAAGUAAUUUUGUCAUUACGAGAAAAAGCACAAACAGUUCUUGGUGAUAAAUUUGACUUAAAACAGUUUCAUGAUGUCGUUUUAUUAAAUGGAUCAUUGCCAUUGAAUAUGCUAGAGAAAAUAAUUGAUGA